GACAACUUCAAGGAGUUCAAGCUUAUUACACGUCCCAUACUCCCAGUAGCAAGCUGCGUGGCUCGGGAGAAGGAAGAGGAAGGACUUUUAAAUGUAAAAGGAUGUAGACUUUUCAAAAGAAGUUGAAUAGAAAACUGACGUGCAUAGCCUUUAGUCCCAUGAGUCUGUCAUCCAGCUCUCCCCUCAAGGAAGGUUUCUUGAUGCUGUCUGGCACAAUUAAGUUAGGAGUAAACCUUCAAGAUGGGAAAAGUCAAGAAACUUAAAAGGAUGGGUGGAAAAGUGUCAUGUCCCGGUCCACUUGAUGAACAAAUGGCACGUGAGGAAGUUGCUCGACCAACUGGGCGUAUAAAAAUUCGUAAAGAGAGAAGGGAUGGAGAUGAUGAGUAUGUUGAGGGACAACUUGGGAGGUCCAUCCUUAAGCAGAGUGUUGCUCAACUUAAAGAGAUGGAAGAGGAGAUGGAAGAUAUGGAGGAAGAGGACUUUCCACUUCUGGGCACUCAACGUCCGAGAGUUACAGAAAGGGUAACUGCAGUAAAACUGAGCUCCAAAUCUGAAGAAGGUGAAGAAAGUGAUGAGAGCAGUGAUGAAAAAGUUGAUGAAACACAUGCUGCUGUGCCUCAGAAUGUUGACAGGGUUAUUAAGGACUUUGAAGUGGAGCUGAAUUUGGCAGAGGAAGAUGAGAAAAUUCUAGAACAUUUCAUGAAUAAGGAUGCAGUGCCACAGAAAAAAUUAGCAGACUUAUUUAGAGACAAGAUCACAGAAAAGCAGACAGAAAUACAAACACAAGUGGAUGCUAGUAGUGUGCAAACAGUUAAUCUCAGCCCUGAGAUACAAGAAAUGUGUGUACAGGUUGGAAAGGUAUUGGCUAAAUACCGUAGUGGACCCUUACCGAAGAUGUUCAAGGUUAUACCAAAGAUGCGCAGCUGGGAAGAACUUGUUUACAUGACGAAUCCUGAUAAAUGGUCUGCUGCUGCUAUGUAUCAAGCUGUUAGGAUUUUUGUCAGCAACCUUAAGGAAGCAAUGGCUCAGCGGUUCUUCAACUUAGUUCUCUUACCACGAAUUCGUGAUGAUAUAUCUUUCUACAAGCGGCUCAACUUUCAUCUUUAUCAAUCAUUGUAUAAAGCCCUUUUUAAGCCAGCUGCUUUCUUCAAGGGUGUUUUGUUACCUCUAUGCAUGUCUGGCAACUGUACUCUACGUGAGGCUGUGAUAGUAGGGUCUGUGCUUGCCAAGAAUCGCAUACCAAUACUUCAUUCUGCUGCAGCCAUCCUCAAAAUUGCAGAGAUGGAUUAUACUGGACCAAAUUCAAUAUUCUUAAGAAUAUUCUUUGAUAAGCAGUAUGCCCUACCCUAUAGAGUAAUUGAUGGCUGUGUCUAUCAUUUUCUCAAGUUUGAGCAUGAUCGCCGGGACCUACCUGUUUUAUGGCACCAGUCAUUACUAACAUUUGUGCAGCGCUACAAAGAGGACCUUAGUCCAGAUCAGAAGCAAUCCCUUUUGGAUGUUGUGAAGUUCCAUACUCAUCAUGCCAUAACUGGAGAG